GGGGGAAGGGGUCGUUGAAGUUGAUAGAACCGCCAUCUUGAAAAGUCUCCUCUGAUGAUCUGCCUUUUCCCGCCCGCUAGAAUCUGCUGUAAACAUAUUAUUUUGCCUUUUAUGUUCCAGAUUUCAUCGCAUUUUAUGUUUGCAACAUUUGCGGCCAGAGGUUUUACGAGCUACAUGACGGGGACUCGCCAUUUCCCGCUGUUUAUCGGUGCGUGCUGAUUGGUUCGUGGGGGCUGAGGUCAUUUCCGCUGCAUGUGUCCUGGGUCCAGGGGUUCUUCUGUCACUGCGGUCCUCAGAGCCUGUAAUGGGCCAGAACUCUCAGAGAGCACAAGCAUCAUUUUGUUUUUGACUCCCGAUUUUUACCCUCAGCUAACUGCCUCACCCAGAAGCAGCACCAUGUUCUGGAAGUUUGAUCUACACACGACGUCCCACAUCGACACCCUCCUGGAGAAGGAGGACGUGACCCUGACGGAGGUCAUGGACGAGGAGGACGUCCUGCAGGAGUGCAAGGCCCAGAACCGCAAGCUGGUGGACUUCCUGGUGCGGCCUCAGUGCAUGGAGGACCUGGUCUCCUACAUUACCCAGGAGCCCGGCGAGGACAUGGACGAGAAGAUCAGAUACAAGUACCCCAACAUAUCGUGCGAGCUGCUGACCUCGGACGUGGGCCAGGUGAACGACCGGCUGGGGGAGGACGAGAGCCUCCUGAUGAAGCUGUACAGCUUCCUGCAGAACGAGCCCCCCCUCAACCCCCUGCUUGCCAGCUUCUUCAGCAAAGUGCUCAGCAUCCUCAUCAGCAGGAAGCCCGACCAGAUAGUGGAGUUUCUGCGGAAGAGGGAGGACUUUGUGGACCUGAUGAUCAAGCACAUCGGCACGUCGGCCAUCAUGGACCUCCUGCUCCGGAUGCUGACCUGCAUCGAGCCCCAACAGCUCCGGCAGGACGUCCUAAAUUGGCUGAACGAGGAGAAGGUGGUCCAGCGGCUGGUGGACAUGGUCCAGCCCUCUCAGGACGAAGAUAGGCACUCGAACGCGUCGCAGUCCUUGUGCGAGAUCAUCCGUCUCAGCCGAGACCAGAUGUUCCAGGUGCAGGGCUGCUCGGAGCCCGACCCCCUACUGGCUACACUUGAGAAGCAGGAGACCGUAGAGCAGCUGCUGUCCAACAUCUUCGACAAGGAGAAGAACGAGUCGGCCAUCGUCAGCGUUAUUCAGAUCCUGCUGACGCUGUUCGAGACGCGGCGGCCCGCGUUCGAAGGCCACUUGGAAAUCUGCCCCCCGGGUAUGAACCACCCCUCAUUCUCGGUCAAUCAGAGCGUCCUGCAGGCAGUGAAACCACGACUGAAAGACUUCCACACACUGCUGCUGGAGCCACCAAAGAAAAAUGUGAUGAAGACCACGUGGGGGGUGCUGGACCCCCCAGUGGGGAACACUCGGCUGAACGUGGUGCGGCUGGUGGCCAGCCUGCUGCAGACCAACACUCACAUCAUCAACCUGGAGCUCAUCGACCUCAACACUGUGGGGGUCAUUCUGGAUAUGUACUUUAAAUAUAUAUGGAAUAAUUUCCUGCACAUUCAAGUGGAGAUCUGCACCGCCAUGAUCCUCGCUAUGCCUCCUGCCCAGAACGAGAACCCCGAAAUCAACAGAGACAGCGAGCAGGAGUCCGUCAGGGAAAACCACCUCGUCAAACACCUGUUCCAGAAGUGCCAGUUGAUACAGAGAAUACUUGACGCCUGGGUCUCCAAUGAGAAGGAGCAGGCCGAGGGCGGGCGGAGACGGGGUUACAUGGGUCACCUGACCAGAAUAGCCAACUCCAUCGUCCACAACAGUGACAAGGGGCCCAACAGCGCACUCAUCAUGCAGCUCAUCUCAGAGCUGCAGGAGGACGAGAGGGAGAGAUGGGAGGCCUUCGUUUCCGGCACUCUGGCGGACACAAACAAGAAGAACACUGUAGAUCUAGUAAAUACACAUCACAUCCACUCGUCCAGCGAUGACGAGGUGGACUUCAAAGACAACGGCUUUCACCAGGACUCCUCUUUACAACAAGCCUUUUCUGAUUAUCAGAUGCAACAAAUGACGUCCAAUUUUAUUGAGCAGUUCGGCUUCAAUGACGAGGAGUUCGCCGAUCAGGACGAUGUCGUGGAUAUUCCCUUUGAUAGGAUAUCAGACAUCAAUUUUUCCCUGAAUACAAAUGAAAGUGCGAACAUAGCUCUGUUUGAAGCCUGCUGUAAGGAGAAAAUCCAGCAGUUUGAGGAUAACGGAUCGGACGAGGAGGACAUCUGGGACGAGAAGGACGUGACCUUCGCACCCGAGGCUCAGAGACGUCCCCGGAGUUCGGGCAGCACGGACAGCGAGGAGAGCACAGACUCUGAGGAGGACGAGGCCAAGCGGGACCCCUUCGAGCCCAGCGGCCCCAAUGCCGACGACCGCAUGGAGGUGGACCCCGGGGAAGCUCCCACGUGGACGGCUAACUUCGACGACGUCCCCAUGGAGACGGGAAGCUCCACGGCGACCGGCGGGCCCUCCGUAACAGCCGUCGCCACGGCAGCGCCGGAGGGGUGGAGCUCGCCCAAUCAGCCGUCGGGGAAGGAGACGGGCUGGGCCGACUUCGCCGGCUUCUCCCCGGUCGCCAGUUCCAAGGGUCCUUUGAGGAGUAAUUCCCCGGUUGCCAUGGAGACCAGCACAGAGACGGUGGACCCCCUGGGCGUCAACGCACCUGUUCAGCCUGAAGGGCUGGACCAGUGGCCAAGCGAUGAGGCAUUGGGGGCGGAGCCGGUGGGCGGGACGAAGACGGAGGGGGCGGGGCUGGAGGCAGAGGAGGAGCGGACCUCUGACCGGAUCACGGAGACCGUCACCAACGGCUCCAUGAAGGAGACUGUCAGCCUUACUGUAGAUGCCAAAACCGAAACUGCUGUUUUCAAGAGAGUGUUGAAAUCCUAUCGUGAGGAAGAGAAGCUGUCUACCUCUGAAGAUGCGUCGGCGAAGUACGCCGUGCCGGAAGGAGUUGAGCCAGAGAAAAGCCCCGCCCCCACUGUGGCCCCGCCCACCGCCAGCUGCCAGAAACAGAGCGCGAAGCACUUAGAGGAGAAGGCCCGGUCCCCCACUGAAGCGGUGAACGGGCCCCUGGAGGUCGCCGGGACAGAAGAAGCCAAAACAGACCAGCGAGUGCCGUUGGCCGAGGCCGCAGUGAAUGGGCCGGCGUGAUGCCCCGCCCCCCCCCCCCCCCCCCCCCCCACGGGCAGCUCCGGUCCCGCCCACAGCGCACAGCUCUACUCCAGGAGCCUCCACUAGGGGGCAGUGCAGGCUCGAGCAGAGCCCGACACUGCACAAACUUCCGCAGAUCAGGACCAGCAAUAUUCUUACUAGGUUUUACAGACAGCUGUACAGGAAGUUCCAAACUGUAUGAAGAGAAUCCCGGAACGAGAAAGAAAAAAAAACACGCUCUAUCGGAUACAGAGAACUUUUUCAUUUUGUUUAUAUACUAUUGUUCUUAUGAGGUGAUCUGUCCGCUCUCGCCACUUAAAAGGUAAUAGUAAUGUUGCUAUAGUUACGAUGAUUGUAUGAAUAAAGUAUUUUAUAAAAAAUAAAAAAAAAAGAUGUAUACAGAAACUGAAAAUAUAUAACGGAAAUUAAAUAUACCAGUACCAAUUGGAACACAUAGUGUGACCAAAAAGAAUUAAGCUGUUUUUUGAUAGGGUUUACCUCUUGCACAAAAUCGGAUAUUUAAUUUCCUUCAAAGUUAAAGCAACAUCUACUAUGAAACAUGUUAAUCUGCGACUUAUGUUGGUCUUUUUUUUCUCCUUAUAUUAAGCUGAUUAUUAGGGAAACAUAUAAUUUUAAAUAUUCAACGAAGGGUUUUUUUUUUUUUUUUUUUUUUUUUUGCUACAGGUAUUAUUUGUAAAUGUUACUUGUAUCCUUGAAAACAUGAGCAAGAUUUGACAACCUUUGGUAUAGUUUUUAACUUUAUUUAUUAUUGAGAAGUAGUUGAUAAUGUUACGUUACUAAAAAGAGCCAUACGCUUGUUCUCCAGCUUGAUGAUAUUAAACUGUGCAAAAACCCC